CGGUCUCUGCGCGCCGGAGCCCGGAGACUCCCGGCUCCUUCCCCCUCCCUCCGGCUCGUGACAACGAAGCGCCCGCGGUCUGAAGCGGCGGAGGCGGCGGUGAAGGUGCUGCCGGCCGAGUGCGCGAGGGAGCCGGCCCUGCGGCCCGCCCUGCCCCUGGGCUCCGGCCUCCAGCCCCCUCCCGUCCGCGCUUCCGUUACGGCCGUUAGUCCGGCGCGGGGGCCGGCCGUGUCUCCACUCCGGGAGCUGCCCUGACGGACCUCGGCGCGGCCUGGAAGCCAGCCUCCGCCCGAGCCCGGGGCCCGCACCCGGCGGGCUCUGCGUGGCCUCGCCCGGGAGGGCGGACGGGUCCUUCCGUGCGCGCUUUCUAACGGCCGGCGUCCGAGGAGCAGACCGGAGCCCGCGUCCGCCUCUCAAGUUCUCCCGGGGCGCCCGAGCAGCCCGCCGAGGUCCCGAGUUGCCCGACCGACGUGGAGCCGGCGUCUCUCCGCUUCCUCCCGGGCCGGCGCGGCGACACGGCCGGCGAGGCUCCCCCGGGCGCGCGAGGACCCAACCAUGGGCCGCGGAGCGGGCCGGCCGCCCGCCGGGAGGCAUGGCUCGGGGGCCGGCCGCUAGCAGCGCCGCAGCCCGGGCGCCCGGGCCGGCAUGAGGACGGCCGCGGGGGGACGAGUGCGGCCCGUGGGGCCGUAGCCUGCGUCGCGCCGGGGACAAAGAAGCCAUGCAGUGACACCCGCUAAGACUUGUUGGUAGCCAUGUCGGAGCCCCACAGGGUCCAGUUCACCUCUCUCCCAGGUUCUCUGAAUCCUGCAUUUUUGAAGAAAUCCCGGAAAGAGGAGGUUGGGGGAACAGAACAGCAUCAGGACUCUGAGCCGGCUGCAGCAGCUGUUCGGAUUACACUCACCCUCUUUGAGCCAGAUCACAAGCGCUGCCCAGAGUUCUUCUACCCAGAGCUGGUGAAGAACAUACGAGGGAAGGUGAAAGGCCUUCAACCCACAGACAAGAAGAAAGAUCUCUCAGAUCCUUUCAAUGAUGAAGAAAAGGAAAGGCAUAAAGUGGAGGCCCUUGCCCGGAAAUUUGAAGAAAAAUAUGGUGGAAAGAAACGUAGAAAAGAUCGGAUACAGGACCUGAUUGACAUGGGGUACGGUUAUGAUGAAUCGGACUCCUUCAUCGAUAAUUCUGAGGCGUAUGAUGAGCUUGUUCCUGCUUCUUUGACUACAAAGUAUGGAGGAUUUUACAUUAACUCGGGAACCCUGCAAUUUAGACAGGCAUCAGAAUCUGAAGACGACUUCAUUAAAGAAAAGAAGAAAAAAUCUCCAAAGAAGCGGAAGUUGAAGGAAGGUGGUGAGAAGAUAAAGAAGAAGAAAAAAGAUGACACUUAUGACAAGGAGAAGAAAUCGAAAAAGUCCAAGUUUUCCAAAGCCGGCUUCACAGCCCUCAAUGCCAGUAAGGAGAAGAAGAAAAAGAAAUAUUCUGGGGCUUUGAGCGUUAAAGAGAUGUUAAAGAAAUUUCAGAAGGAGAAAGAAGCUCAGAGAAAGAGGGACGAAGACCAUAAGCCCGUAGCGGUCUCGUCGGCAGAAGCUCAGGGCCUGCGGGAAUUGGAGGGCACCUCUGACCCCUUGCUCUCGCUCUUCGGCUCCACUUCUGACAACGACUUGCUCCAGGCGGCCACUGCCAUGGACUCGCUGACUGAUUUGGACUUGGAGCAGCUGCUCAGUGAGUCUCCAGAAGGAAGCCCUUUCCGUGAUAUGGAUGAUGAGAGCGAUUCCCUUGGGGUGGGACUGGACCAGGAAUUCAGGCAGCCCUCUUCCCUCCCCGAAGGCCUGCCCGCGCCCCUGGAGAAGCGCGUUAAGGAGCUGGCUCAGGCUGCCAGAGCUGCUGAAGGAGAGAGCAGACAGAAGUUCUUCACCCAGGAUGUUAAUGGCACCCUCCUAGACAUAGAGGUACAAACUCGGGAGCUGAGUAGCCAAAUCCGUUCUGGGGUAUAUGCCUAUCUUGCUUCAUUCCUGCCCUGCAGCAAGGACACCCUGGUUAAACGUGCUCGGAAACUUCACCUCUAUGAACAGGGGGGGCGUCUAAAGGAGCCUCUCCAGAAGCUUAAGGAGGCCAUUGGAAGGGCAAUGCCAGAGCAGAUGGCCAAGUACCAGGAUGAGUGCCAGGCACACACACAAGCCAAGGUCGCCAAGAUGCUGGAAGAGGAGAAGGACAAGGAGCAGAGGGAGCGGAUUUGCUCUGAUGAGGAAGAAGAUGAAGAAAAGGGGGGCAGGAGGAUAAUGGGACCCCGGAAGAAAUUCCAAUGGAAUGAUGAAAUCAGGGAGCUGCUCUGCCACGUGGUGAAGAUAAAACUGGAGACCUACGAUCUGGAGAGGAACAAUAAGACCCAGUCUUGGGAGGACUAUGUGAAGGCCUUUCUGGAUGCUGAGGUCAAACCUCUCUGGCCCAAAGGCUGGAUGCAGGCCAGGACUCUGUUUAAGGAGAGCAGACGAGGCCAUGGGCACCUGACAUCAAUCCUGGCCAAGAAGAAAGUAAUGGCCUCAUCCAAAAUCAAGAUGAAGGAAUCCUCUUCUAAGCCUGACAAAAAGGUUUCCGUCCCAUCAGGUCAGAUUGGUGGCCCCCUGGCUUUGCCUUCAGAACACGCAGGAGGAGGCCUGAGCAUUGGGACCACAAACAGGGAGCUCUCAUCCCAGGCAUCUGGCAGCCUUGCUAAUCCUGCUCCUAUCAACCUUGAGGACUCGUUGGACGGAGACUUGAUCCGUAAUUCAGCCUCCUCAUUGGAGGUUGUGUCCAAGGAACUGGCUGUGCUGAAUAGCAGAGCAACUGGGAGCUCUGAGUUCACAUUGCCUGCACCCUCGAAAGCACCCGCAGAGAAGAUCGUAGGCGUCGUAUGUACAGACGAGAAGAGGAACUUUCCGAAGCCCAACCCUUCCGCCCCAUCGCCUUCUAGUUCUCUGCAGUCUCCCCUCAAUUUUCUAGCUGAACAGGCUUUGGCACUGGGGCAGUCCUCUCAGGAGAAAAAACCGGAGAGUUCUGGCUACAAAGAGCUGUCCUGUCAGGCUGCGCUCAGCAAGGGCCUGCCGGAAGCGCACCAGUCCAAAGCAAAGCACCACGGCUUGCCACGGACGUCUCACACACCCCAGGCGGCAGCUCCUGUGCCCGGCCCCCAGGUGAAAGUGUUUCACGCGGGUGCUCAACAGCAGAAGAGCUUCACCCCCCCAGCUCCUUUUGUCAAUAAGCUCCAGGGCCCAAAGCCUUCCUCCCCACAGUGCCAUCGUUCCCUCCUCCAGCUUGUGAAGACAGCAACCAAAGGCCAGAGCUUCCAUCCCUCCACGCCGGCCUCUUCAGGAGGCCCCCCGGUCUCCAGCAGCACCUCUCAUAAGACCCCAGCCUCAUCCUCCACUGCCCCAAGCCAUCCAGCAAAACAGCACUCCGCUGGCUCUUCAGGGCCGUCUUACAAGAAUAGUCCCUUUGCCAGCUCUGUCUCUAAACAUGGGGUUUCUUCUGGCAGCAGCUCUUCCUCUGGAGGAACACCAGUCCAGACCUCUAAUUCCGGGAACCUGCUCCCUGGCGUACAGCCUCCCUCCGCAGGACAGUCUGCCAGCAGACCCGUCCCAGCCUCUGCAGUGAAAAAACCACCUGUUUCCCAAAAGCUGACCCUGGUGGCCCCUCCGGGUGGUCCAAAUGGAGACUCCAGUGGUGGGACCCAGGGAGUGGCAAAGCUACUGACCUCCUCCCUGAAGUCCAGCGCAGUUAGCAGCAUGACAUCGUCUACCUCCUUGCCAGUGAGUGUCCUGGCACAGCAGUCCGCCCCUCGUGGGUCUUGUGGACAGGGCCGCUUGCCUUGCCCUGGUCGGAGAGAGAGAUCCGACACUGAAGGUCAGAAAGGAACGAGUGGGGCUGUGCUGCUGGCCAGUUCCUCGCCCUUAAAUCUGCUGUCUGCGUCCUACAAGUCUGGCAGCCCGAAGCUGCCUGGGGCCAUGAACUCCAACUCUCUAGGGAUCAUCUCCCAGUUUCCUCUCCAUGUGGUAUCCUUCAGCGCCGAGUCCUCUGCCAAAGCAGGGGUUUCCAAGGAUGCCAUCGUCACGGGUCCUGCCCCUGGGACGUUCCAUCACGGCCUCAACCAUAGUCUCCUGGCUGGCUUGCACUCCAGCCCGCCCCGUGCAGCGCCUCUCCCACACGCUGCCGUGUCCACUCACGUCCCGCAGAGUCUGCCAGAUGCUUCUCAGCUUCAUGGAAAAGGGCCUGGUGUACCACGGAAAUUGUGACCUCUGCAGAGGAAAGGCCCGACUCACUUAGGUCUGGGUGGAACCUGACCAAGUAGGUCUCAGAAACUGGAUAAUCACUAUGCUCUUUCUGCCAAUUGGUUUCCUUCUGGCGAAGGUGUGAGUGCUGAGUGGAGUGUCUCUUGGCACUGUGAUGUGCCUUCAGUGAGGGGAGCAACCCUGGGCUUCUCUGUGGAGGCACUGACUGGCCUGGUGCCCCGGGCCCCGUGGCUCUGUCAUGGACAAUCGUUGGAGGGGCAGCUCUGGGCUGGGGCGCGUGGUGGGUCUUGUACGAAGCUGUGGUGUCAGGGCAGAGCAGGGCGCACCUGUUUGAAACCUGCCUGACCCCCUGGCAUUUGGUCAGAGUACCUCCUGGUGUCCUACUGAUCAGGGACCCCUGGCCACAGUGGGAUCCCCGAUGGUCAUGGUGUCCGUCCCAUCCUCAGGCUGUGUGCUCAACAGGACAAAAACCCAGGCUGACACACACAGCUGGGAGACUUACCUUGUCUUUUUGAAAAAUACUCAGAACACCUAACGUGUGCUCAUUGUGUUGGGGGCCAGCUUCUCUGCUGAACAUGACAAUGAAGCUCUUUCAGAGAAAAGACUUUUGUAGAUUCAACAGUUGUGACAGGAUUUUUAAAGACACUUAUUUUGGUCCAGAUUUCAUCAUUACCAUUAAUGCAUUGGAUAGAAUGCAUGUCAUAUUAUAGUAAGACAUAAUUCCAGUGCCUUUAUGGUGGAGCAGAAUUAGACACACGUCCAUUCGGCCUUCUGAGUGGAUUUCAGAUGAAGACUUUUUUAAAAGAUAUGUCUGUAUUUAAGACAUAGCCAGUUUGAGUUUUUUACAGUUGCACAUCCUAAUCUGCCAUCCUGACUUGAAGGUCAUCUGGGCCCCCAGACCCCAGGUCCCAGUAUAGCCAGGGCCCCCGUUUUGUUUUUUCAGAGUUCAUUCAGGUGGACUGAAGAGCCCCAAAGCCCUUCAUCUCUGAGGGCCAAGGAUAUGAGGGGCUCCAAGUCAAAGACAUUCCAGUUUGUUUUAUUUAGAAACCAUUCUCAGGCAGAGCUGCAGGAACAGGCCCCUGUGAAGCAUCUGCCAUGUAGAAACAGGCCUUGACGUCCUGGGGCUCUCCGGGCAGCAGGGCUGUGCGCGGACUUGAGGGCGGUGCGCUGAUGAGCUGGGAGAGCGCGCCGGAGACAGGCCAGGACAGCUGCCCUGGAGCGCAUUCAGCCAGCGGCUGCUUCACACGGAUGUUUAGGGCACUUGCCUGUCCUGUGAAGUGUGUCCCACAAGGCCUAUCUGAACUGACUGCUUCAGCUAAGUGAUUGCAAAUAUGUUAAGAGUCAACAGCCUCCUCAGAAUGUACACCUGUGUGGAGACACAGGCAGCUCUCUUGGUUCCUGCCUUCCAGGGUACAGUGCUCAGUAACUCACAGUUAUGCAGAGGUUUGCCCCGUUUCCAGUGGGGCAAGACCUCACUCAGUUAUCCGGCUAGGCCUCUGCAUUUUUUUUUUUUUUUUAAAUGUAAGAACCAACGUGUUUCACAUCUGGCUAAAGUGGAUAAGUGGAUUCCUUAUCCCUUCAUUAUAUAUAUAUUUUUUUUUUUUUUUUUUUUUUUGCAACUUGGGUUUCCAGUUUGUUUACAGAGUAGUCUUAGGUAGUAGCAAAAGAGCCAAAGAAGAGAUUUGUAUCGCUGAGCUCAGAGCCGUGCAGAGGCCUUCCGUGAACACUGAGCAGUGGGAACUCUCCAGGCUUCUCCGCCCAAGAACACCCAGGGUCCCUUCCCUGCAGCGCUCGCACCCUCCUCCCCAUGUACCAUUGAGUGUGCAGCUGGAGCUGAAUACCCUCAUUUUUAGGAAUCUAGUGAUGCCUCUUGCCUCAGGGAAACGUUUCUUUGAUGGGGAGUUUAUGAGAUUUCUUUUUCUUCUUUAUGCUUUAUUUGUGGUAAUGAAAGAGUGAAUGACCUAAACAGCCAUGGCUGGGCAGACGGGCUGGCAGAGCGGGCUCCCCGGGGUCUGGGGCUGCGGCGCUGCGGGGCUUUCCUUGGAGCAGCCGUUCCUUAGGUGUGAGAGGGGCUGUGGCUUUUGUGCGGCGCGACGAUGUUGGUGUUGGGGGGUGGUGUGAAAAUUGUUAAUCUUGUAUAAAGCAACUCAAUAAAUUGUUUCAAGGUUUCCAAAA